UGGAAAUCUAAAACCUAAAAACCCACUUCUGUAUAAUCGAAGAAUCAUGUUGGAAUUUUCGUUAUGGUCGAAAACCAACGUGGUUCAUGUCAAACGUACAAAGUUUAAACUCCUUGUUUCUUCUAUCAAUGGUUUUGAUGUUUUCAUUCCAGACAAAUCGAAAAGCAUAUAAAAGGAAGACAAUGGCUUUUCGCAAAUCCCUUUCGUUCGGUCAUUUCUUCAUUAAUGCUUCUUUGAAGCAAAUUCGUGGCAGCAAAAUUAGAACUCUUCGGGAAUUAAUCGCAGAUAUGGUUCACUUUAUCAAAUUUAGAGGAAAACGUAGUUAUCCAUCGCCGCCAAGGUUUAUGGGAACGAAUAACGGUUCAGAACUGGCAAAUGUUCUUAGUUCACCCGGAUCAGUAAAUGUUCCUAAACAUGCUGUGAUAGUUAUGGAUGGCCUAAAGGAAUUUACCACAGAGCUGCUAGAAUGGGUGCUUAAAAACAUUAUAGCAACCGGUCACACAGUCACCCUCCUUGGUUUCAUGCCUUGGUUGAAUAUUCCCUUGUCUUCGAAGACCUGGCAAGAUGUUUGGAUGCUGGAGUUUGAGCAUUUGUCUCUCAUAAAAGAGAAAAACGAAUGGAAGAAUGAUGCUAAAUACGUAAAGCUUCAAGCAGUGCUUGACCUUUGCCAAAAACAUGGGGUAGUGCCACAAAAAGAAGUUGUAAUGGGAUAUCCCUUACCAUUGCUCGUCGUUGAAAGAAUCAUUAGCUUUCGGGCAACAUGGGUUGUUUUUGACCGUAACCGGGAUCUAAGGAAGAACAUGCCAUACUUUGCUAAAAAAAUACCCGGCAAUUUAGUAAUGGUGAAUGAGGAAGGGCACAUGGAUUUGAUCAAAGGGCGUCCGAUGAUUGAUAAUGGAGACCACACUCCUUGUGACUCUCCAGCCCCUUUGGCGCCUACUCCAAUAGUGAUAUAUUCUGAACCUUUGAGACGAAUUCUGGAGGAGCAGGAGCUAGAGAAAGACGAUAAUUAUGAGUUCUUUCUUUAGCUACUGAUGAUUUGACGAUCGUAAACUAUUGAAAAUAGAAGCCGGCGUACAUAAGGUGAGAGAAAGUAUAACUCCGCGUAGCAUGUAAACAUAGGCUAUGGCCUAUCGCCUUGUUACCUCAGCGCACCAGAGUUGUACUUACCCCCAAACCAAACUUGCCUAUUUUCCUUUUUCUCUUUGAACAAUUUCCUCUGUAAUAAAUGAUUGAGCUUUUGAACA